CCUUUACAGUCUAAGCAGUAGUGUACUCCUGAUCCCCUGCUGAGCACGGCAGCAACGCCGCGCGGCGUUGCUUGAGGAGCGACAAGCGACUGCAGUGGACUGUGUCUGCCGACUGCCGCGCUUGACAACCAGCGGCGGAUAGUUUCGAUUGUUGAUCUGCGCGGGGUUGCCACGCACGCAUACCGCUGCGCUCGAUCCACGGAUCGCCGAAUAACCGUCCAGAGUUCCCGCGUUGAGCAUCGUGCGCCCAAUGCUGAGAAUCUGACCGCCUAUUCUGCUGUCUACGUUUAGUCCUGACGUUCUGUCUUUGGCAAUGGCAUCUAACCAGGAUUCACGUUUCUUGCGGUGGCACUGCUCCGUGUGCGGCAAGCCGGACGCGCUGGGCUGCAAGCGCUGCCAGCUGGACUUCUACUGCGGCCCGGAGCACCAGCGCAAGGACUGGCCGCGCCACAAACUGAGCUGCGGCGCCGUGGCCGUCGUCGACGGCUUCCUGGAGGCGACCCGCGACCUCCCUGCCGGCACCCGCAUCGUCAGGGAGGUGCCCGCCGUCAUCUCCCCGGCGCAAUCCGUCAAGCAAGGAUUUAUGCUGUGCGUUGGCUGCUGCGGCGAGAUGGGCCCUGCCGGCGACUGCACUCCGCAGUGCGCGGGCUGCGGACUGCCGCGGUGCCGCCCCGACUGCGACCACGACGACGAGCACAAUGCCGAGUGCGGCGAGCUGCAACGAGCCAACUUCAAAGUGGCUAGGGAUGAUCUGGAGUGGCUCGGUGCGCCUGUGUGGAACGGUCUCGCGGUUUUGCGAACUUAUCUGUGGGCGCUCAAGAAGCCCGCCGUGGAAGACAGCCUUGUGAGGACCUUGAACCGCGACUUGACGGCUCUGGAGCCGCUGGCUGGGUACUGGGCACACGCUAAGGACUGGCUGCUGAAUCAGGCCGGGAUGUCGUGGUUGCCCGAGGACAAGCUGCGUCGGGCGUUCCAGCUGGUGGCGGGCUGCAGCAUCGCCUGCGACACGGAGUACUGGGCUCUGAGGAAGGACGGCACCAGGGGGAUACGGGCACUGUACGUGAGCAGGGCGCGCACUGAGCAGUCGUGCCAGCCGAGCCUGUUCUGCGUGGGCAUGGACUCCUGCUGCAUGGAGCAGGCCCUGCUCACCACGCGCGCCGUGCGUCGCGGCGAACGCCUCUCGACGGACCAUCGCGACGACCCCCUGCAGUGUGCCGCGGAGCGCCGCCUGGCGGCCGACCACCUCCAGCUGGCCUGCUCGUGCGGCGCGUGCGUCGACCCCACCCGCCUGGGCACGCACCUGGACUCGCUGGCCUGCAUGCACUGCCAGGGCCUGGUGGUGCCGCUGCCGGUGCCCGCCGACGCCCCCUACGGCCCCAGCGAGCGGGGCGGCCGCUGCAACGGCUGCGGCCGCGAGUCCUCCGCGUCGGACAUGGCGUCGGCGUCCCUGACAGUGGAGGUGGAGCUGGCCAAGCUGGAGCGCUGCGCGCCGCCCUCGCGCGGCCCCGCACCCUGGGAAGCGUUCCUCCGCAAGCACCUGCGUCCCAAGGGCCCCCUGCACCCCACGCACCUGCUGGCCCUCAAGGCCUCCAGGCGCCUCGCCACCGCCAUGGCCGCCGUGCUGUGCAACAUGGGCCGCGAGCACACGCAAGAGGAGAUGCGUCGCUGGGAGCGCACCCUGCGCGUCCUGCUGAAGACCCUGGAGGUGUUGCGGCCCGGCCUGAGCUGCCACAGGAACAACGUGCUGAUCCCGCUGGCCCAGCUGCAGCUGCUGCGCGCCAUUCACCUCAACAAGGACGACAAGCCGCUCGCCGUGUGCCGGGCUCCGCUGGUUGAAGCUCAAGCCUUCAUCGCUGAGCUGGCGCUGGCGUUGAACUUCUACAAGGAAGGCGCGGAGGGGCUGAAAAAACUCCGCUUCUUCGAGUCGCUGUGCGUUCGCUUAUUGAAUGGCGCAUCCCCUUUGGACUUCUUAGUGGACGGAACGGUAUCUCAGGAUAUGUUGGAUAGCAGCAGUGACAGCGACUAGAGUGUUUAGGAAAGCUGUGACCUGCACAUGAAUUUGUUGGUCAAAUCUUUGUUUUGUUUCUGUGGGAUGUUCGAUCGCAGACUUUCUCCUGCGAAUUGUAAAGCCAAUGUUUAUUCAAUUGUAACUCACCUAGGAGAUAAAGACCAUUAGAUUACUUCUACAUUAUUUAGAAGACUUUAUAAGACUCAUUAUUUAGAGUCUCAGGGUACUUCAAGCUCUUCGCGAAGAAACCGCUCCCAGCUUUGUAUUUAAACCACCGGUUCCUGUAGAGACUUGUAAUAGUAGGAUUUUUUUCAGCUUUAAUUAAAUGAGACUAUUAUUGGAACAAA